AUGGCUGAAGCUAGAGAUGAUUCGCUUCAAGCAGUUAGUGUUCAGUUGGAUGGUAAGAAUUAUGCAUAUUGGAGCUAUGUGAUGAAAAAUUUCUUGAAAGGGAAACAAAAGUGGAGAUAUAUUUCGGGUGCUUAUAUUAAGCCUCAAGAUGAUGUGGCAUUAUUGGAUAAAUGGGAAGUUGAUAAUUCAAAAAUUAUUACUUGGAUCAAUAAUUCUGUUAAGCAUUCGAUAGGCAUCCAAUUAGCAAAAUAUGAGACGGCUAAGGAGGUUUGGGAUCACCUAGCUCGACUGUAUACACAGUCUAAUUUUGCAAAGCAAUACCAGUUGGAGUCUGACAUUCGUGCUCUUCAGCAGAAAAGUAUGAGUAUUCAAGAAUUCUACGAUGCUAUGACAGAUUUGUGGGAUCAGUUGGCUCUCACAGAACCUGCUGAAUUACGAGCCUUUGGGCCUUAUAUUGUACGAAGAGAGGAGCAGAGAUUGGUACAGUUUUUAAUGGCCCUUCGUGAUGAGUUUGAGGGACUUUGUGGGUCUAUUCUGCAUCGUCAUCCACUGCCUUCUGUUGAUUCUGUUGUUAGUGAACUUUUGGCUGAAGAAAUUCGUUUGAAGUCCUCGGCUGUAAAAGAGGUUUCUCCAGUUUUUACUCUAUCUGUUUUUGCCAUGCCUCCUCGAUCAAAUUCUAAAUCUCAGUUCAGGCUAUAUGGAUCUGUUGCUCGUGAUGAAUGCGGGUUUUACAAGCAAAAAGGUCAUUGGAAAUCUCAGUGUCCGAAAUUGGGCAGAGGAAAACAACAACAGUUUCAUCAACAGCAGCAGCAACAGCCUCACCAGUGGUCGUAUCAAUCACCGCCUCUCCACAAUGGACCUCCUCUUCUACCUCGUCCUCACAAUGCCUUAUCAACCUCCUCCUUAGACCCAUCACUGAUUGAGCAAUUUCAGCAGUUCCUUGCUUCUCAGCCUCAUGCCAUGUCUGCUUCCUCUCAAGUAGGUCUGUCAUCUAGUCCUUCAGGAUCCACAGUCUCAGAAAGUGAUUGGGAUCGGCCAUAGAGAAGGAGGACUUUAUGUAUUGGAUCAACUCAAAACCCCUCACACUGCGGCUGUUGUUCCUAGUGUGAAUUUGUCAUCCUUUCCUUUGAAUCCAUCUUCAUCUGUGUUUU